AUGAAACAACUGUAUAAUUAUAUAGCGUCGCCAGAUGAUAAAUACCCUUUCUUUCGGACGAAAAUGGCUUUUUUGGGCGGGUAUACUGUCAGUUUGAUAGCGUCUGUGCUCGAAUAUGCCAAAGCGCAUGAAUUGGGUUUGAGUCUAAAUAGUACGGGACUACAGUGUAUUAGAUACGUAGUCACUGGAACGGCUGCUGCAAUAUGUCACUCGUCUGUUUCCUUUAUAUCAGCAAAAGCUACAGGCCGAUCCGAUAGCUGGGUGAAUCACGCACUCGGGGGAGCUGCUAGUGGUUUAAUCUGUACAUGGAAUCGUUCUAUGACGAUACGUGCUACUACAUGUAUCGGAUUUGCAAUAAUAUCAGCUUUGGGUAAAUAUAGUGUGGAGUUCAGACUACAGCAUCCUGACUGGCAUGUUCCAGUAGUCGGCGAGUACAAUCCAUCACCAUAUGUAUCUCUUAAUCAACGAUGGAUGUAUAAAGGUGCAAGACAACAAGAAGAAGAGCUGGAGAAGCAUGUAUAA